UUCAUUAUAGAAGACAUGAAGCAGCAACAAACCAACAAACACAGCAACCUGCACCGUGAAGACCAGCACAUCACUGUGGAGGAGCUGUGGAGGGGCUGGAAGACCUCUGAAGUCCACAACUGGACCGUGGAGGACGCGGUGCAGUGGCUGAAGGAGUCGGUGGAGCUGCCGCAGUACGAGAAGAACUUCCGGGACUUCCGGCUGACGGGGAACACGUUACCUCGAUUAGCAGCAAACGAACCAUCCUUCAUGUCGAUGCAGCUGAAGAUUUUAGACCAGCGGCACAAGCAGAAGUUAAAUCUAAAGGCGCUGGAUGCAGUGCUGUUCGGCCCUCCUCUUCGCCCGCAGCACAACUGGAUGAAAGAUUUUGUGCUGAUGAUUUCCAUCCUGAUUGGUGUGGGAGGCUGCUGGUUUGCCUACAUUCAGAACAAGUCCAGCAAGGUCCACAUUUCCCAGAUGAUGAAGGACCUGGAGAGUCUGCAGCACGCUGAGCAAAGCCUCAUGGACCUGCAGGGCCGGCUGGAAAAGGCUCAGGAGGAGAACCGGACAGUGGCUGUGGAGAAGGAGAACCUGGAGCUGAAGAUGAGGGACGAGAUCAACGAUGCUAAGAAGGAGGCCCACAGGCUGCGAGAGCUGAGAGAGGGAGCCGAGUGUGAGCUCAGCCGACUCAAAUACGCAGAGGAAGAGCUCGUGCAGGUACGGAAGGCUCUGAAGCGAGCGGAGAAGGAGAUGCAGUUGGAGUGCUCUGUGCCUGAAGCUCUGCAGAAGUGGCUCCAGCUCACGCAUGAAGUGGAGGUUCAGUACUACAACAUCAAGAAGCAGAGCGCCGAGUUUCAGCUGUGCGUUGCCAAAGACGAGGCAGAAAAGAUCAAAAAGAAGAGAGGUUCUGUGUUUGGAACUCUUCAUGUUGCCCACAGUUCAUCUCUGGACGAGGUGGACCACAAAAUACUAGAAGCAAAGAAAGCUCUGUCAGAGGUGACGGCCUGCCUGAGGGAGCGGCUCCACCGCUGGCAGCAGAUCGAGAAGCUCUGCGGCUUCCCUGUCGUCAAUAACUCAGGCCUGCCGAGCCUGACGGCCAGCCUCUACUCAGACCACAGCUGGGUCGUGAUGCCGCGGGUCUCGGUUCCCCCGUACCCCAUCGCAGGGGGGGUGGACGACCUGGAUGAGGACACGCCUCCCAUCAUUUCUCAGUUCACUACCGCCACAUUGGUCCGACCCCCGCUGACACGCAACAGCAGCGUGUGUCGGUCCCGCCGGAGCCUGCUGAGCUCCCAACAGUCCUCUCUGAUGUCUCCAGACCCAGACCUGCUGUCCAUGGCUGGCUCCACCCUCUCCUAUCGCCCCGAGGCAGACGAAGAACACGUAGUGUUAAGUAUAGACAGAAGGGGCGAACCGGCUCAGGACGGGGGCUCCGACUCAGACUCCCUUAACUCAUCCUUCAGUAGAAAACCGCUGUACAGCCCCUGCGCGCCUGGUGCAGAAACCCCUUACCGCAGGAUCUCCCGCGAGGAGCUGCUGCUGUUUAUCCAGAGCCCAGAGCGUCCUGGCUCCACCCACACCACCAGCAGCAGCAGCAACAGCAGCCUCAGGGACUCUACACCGCCCCCCAUGCCUCCCACACCAGCCACCACCCCCUCCAGCCCCCCCUCCACCUCCCCCUCCCCAGCCUUGGAGCACCACGUGUUUGCACAGAGCAACUCGCCCGAUCUCACCCGCGUCAUGUCAGAGCCCCAGAGUGUCCCCCUCCCACAAGGUGGCGCUCCGCCUCAGACGGGGAAAGGCAUGUACAACGGCAUCCUGGAGAAGUCCUACAGCUACAGCCAGCUGCCGGCAACCAUGCUGGCCCACGCGGGGCGCCACCCGUCGCUCACCUCGCUGGACUCAGAGGGGCGGAGCGUGGGCAGAGAUUACAAGCUCCAGAGCACCUCUUCCCAGGACUCCAGCGACAAUGGAGAAAAAAUCAAGCGCUCCUCUUCUAAAAUCAAAAACUUAUUUAAGAAGAAAAAAUAAAACUUUCAGAGGAGAUGAUGGUGGGUGUGUGUGUGUGUGCGUGUGUGAGUGACAGGAAGAGAGAAUACUAAAAUAAGAGUUUUAUCACUGGUGUGUCACUGUAAGAUAAAACAUUUCACUCUCUCUCUUCUCAUUGUCAUCAAAGAUGGAAUGUAGCUCAGUCUGUGUGCCUUUAAAAGCUCCUCAGACUGGAAGCCUUAUUUUUCAAUAAUCCCUUUUUAUUUAGCUCACUCAGUCUCACAGGAAGAGCCACAGAAAGCUCUACGCUCACACUGCACACCGGCUUCUCUCCCUUCGACUCGACCCCCCCCCCCCCCCCCCCCCCAAAAAAACGCCGUUAACGGGUCUAAAAGAGCAGUCUGUACAUUUAGUUCAACACUCGUAGUGAUUUACUGGCAGUCUGCUGCGAGCAGUGCUGGUAUAAUCAUGACGACGGCUCACGGACUACGGAAGACAAAUGGUGCCAAUGAAAAUGUGAAAGGAAAACAAGAAAAAAGAAUUCCGACUUUAAUCUCAGAAGUCAAAAUUCUGAGCAAUAAGUCAGACCUCAAGCUCCUUCAUUUUUUAUUCAGUGGCCCUAAUCAUCUCCCCUACACAUCACCUCACACAUCAGAAGUACAACUUUUUUUAGAGUUCUGAACUCAAAAGAUCAACUAAAAGUUUGUUGCACUACCGCUUCUUGGUGUUUUUUGGACAGAGACACAGCUGGUUGGGUGGAAUAAAGACGUAGAGAUGAGCAGUUGCAAUGAAAAUGCAGCACAGAGCCAAAAUGAUGUCAGUGCCACUGAUUAUCGAAGUCUAUAUAAAUAUAUAUAUAAAAUGUUUUCAAAUGAUGUUCUCUUAGAUUUUUUUAAAUUGUAGAGUUUCUCUGCAGAUUGAACCCACAACAGUCACUUUAUCUGUUUGCUUUUGUCCUUGUUGCUCUUUAUUACUUGAUCGACUGCAUCCUGUAUCCAUGUGGUAACAAAACACACCCAUUUCCACGUUCUCCCCCGUUCAACAUGAUGUCAUCAUGAGGUUUCGGUCAGCCUCGCUGCUUUGGUGUUUGGAGCUCAAGGGUUAUUUGUAAUAAAUAUGCAGGAAGUCCCAGUUUGAUGUAUUUUUAUAGUCAGAUGAGUUGUGCUGCCAAGCUAGGCUUCCUAAAGAAACACUAUAAAGAUUUUCCUCUCUAAAAGUGGAGCUUUAAGCCCCUCCCACACAGCUCACUAAACCCCACCCACUGUUCAGUCCUGCCUGUCACCCUCGGGGCCCACACUGAUGUCAGCUUCACACUGUGAUUUAUGGCUGCUUCCUCUCAUCUGGCUGCUGCUGGUGCAUCAUGACGGGAAACAAGUGGCGGCUCGUUUAAGGGCCGACGUGACCCGGAGGAACCUGUGGCCCGCCUUAAAACAAAAACACGUAGAGAGGUUGCAGCACACAAUAAAGGAAACGUAGGACGGAGCUGCAAGGUGAGGAGGAAGUGAAUGUUUACGACAUUUUAUUUAAUUCCCCCCUGAGAACAUUUUGUGUGUGAAUAUUUGUAUACUGUAGAAUAAUUAAUAAAAAAAUAAACAAGCAUACAAUA